CGAGUUGGGGGGAAAGAAGAUGGCGGCGGCAGCCGAGGCCACGAACUGCAUCAUGGAGAGUUUUGUGGCCACCUUGGCUAAUGGGAUGAGCCUCCAGCCUCCACUUGAAGAAGUGUCCUGCACGCAGCCCGAGAGCAGCGAGAAGCCCAAUGCCGAGGACAUGACGUCCAAGGACUAUUACUUCGACUCCUACGCCCACUUUGGCAUCCACGAGGAGAUGCUCAAGGACGAGGUGCGGACGCUCACUUACCGGAACUCCAUGUUCCACAACCGACACCUGUUCAAGGACAAGGUGGUGCUGGACGUGGGCUCCGGCACCGGCAUCCUCUGCAUGUUUGCCGCCAAGGCCGGGGCCCGGAAGGUCAUCGGGAUCGAGUGCUCCAGCAUCUCUGACUAUGCCGUCAAGAUCGUCAAGGCCAACAAGCUCGACCACGUGGUGACCAUCAUCAAAGGGAAGGUGGAGGAGGUGGAGCUGCCCGUGGACAAGGUGGACGUGAUCAUCAGCGAGUGGAUGGGCUAUUGUCUCUUCUACGAGUCCAUGCUCAACACCGUCCUCCACGCCCGGGACAAGUGGCUGGCCCCUGAUGGACUCAUCUUCCCCGACCGGGCAACGCUGUACGUGACCGCCAUCGAGGAUCGGCAGUACAAGGACUACAAGAUUCACUGGUGGGAGAACGUCUACGGCUUUGACAUGUCCUGCAUCAAGGACGUGGCCAUAAAGGAGCCCCUGGUUGACGUGGUUGACCCCAAGCAGCUGGUGACCAAUGCCUGCCUCAUCAAGGAGGUGGACAUCUACACGGUGCGCGUGGAUGACCUGACCUUCACCUCCCCCUUCUGCCUCCAAGUGAAGAGGAACGACUACGUCCACGCCCUGGUCGCCUACUUCAACAUCGAGUUCACCCGCUGCCACAAGCGCACGGGCUUCUCCACCAGCCCCGAGUCCCCUUACACACACUGGAAGCAGACUGUCUUCUACAUGGAGGACUACCUCACGGUGAAGACGGGCGAGGAGAUCUUCGGCACCAUCGGCAUGCGGCCCAACGCCAAGAACAACCGAGACCUCGACUUCACCAUCGACCUGGACUUCAAAGGCCAGUUGUGUGAGCUCUCCUGCUCCACUGACUACCGGAUGCGCUGAGCCGGCCCACGGGCUGUUCCCGGGGCCCCGCCCCAGCCGGCCCCACCACUCCCUGGGCUAGGCCUCCCGCCUCGGCCAGCCCACCCCACCCCAGGGAGCCGGCGGGGGCCAGCUUGAUGGUUUGAGGGCCCCCUAGCCCCUUCCCCUGUCCUCUGUCCUCCACCCCCAAGCCCUGCUCCCUCCCGUGGGUGAGUGAGGGGCCCAAGGGCGACAUCGUGACUGUGUUUUUCAUAACUUAUGUUUUUAUAUGGUUGCAUUCAUGAUAAUAAAUCGUCAGCUGGGA